GAGUCUUAUAUGAAUGCGCUACAUACAUGGCUGGAAGCAUUCAAGGGGUCGAACAGGAAAGUAGCGAGCCGAAGAGAUAGCUUAUCAUGCAAAAACAGUCCACGACCCUCUUCGAGCCAGAAUCGAAGGCGUCCACCCGCUUUGCCCACCAUUUCGACAUCAUAUCCUACUUUGUCGCCACUCCCUUCUUGUCCAAAGCCGACCUCUUCCAUCUCUUGCUCUCAUCACCGAUAUUCUUCCCCACCGCCGGUCAAGCACUGUACCAUCGUCUACCAAUAUCGGUCAAGUGCAAUCCCCUGAUCGGAGCCACCGCUAUCGCUUCUCCAAGGGAUCCGUCAGCACAAUCACCAUACGGCAAAGACGUUUUAUUGCGCUACGUCAAAGAAGUCCACUUUGAAAGAUCUUCCUCGUCUCCCAGGAAAGAAUGCUGGAGUCACAACUGGCCCUGCUCCCCCCUCCCCUACCUCCAACACAUCAUCAUCUCCCUCCCCCCCACCGGCACAUUCAAAUCCACCUCCGCACCUCUUUCGGGCGGCCUCGUCCCCGACGACAGAUUCCUCCGCUCCCUCUGCUCUCGCGCCACUUCCUUGCAUAUCCAUUCUCGGGCUUGGGACUUUGCGUGGACGCUUUAUGAUGUGAUUAGUGUGUUACCGCACUUGAGGAGGGUGUGUAUCAAGUUGAGGUUGUGGGAUGUGAGGGGUCUUUGGAAGGCGUUUCAGCGGUUAGCAAAGCUUGUGCCGGAGACGAAGUUGGAGAAAGUGUGUAUCUACUUGUGGGACGAACCCGACAUGCUUGAGCUCUUCUCUCAAUCUCCAAGCUCUUCGCCUACGGCUGUACCGACCACCUCGCACCUUCGGACAUCGAUGAUCUGGGCAGGAGGCGGUAUGCGGACGUUGCUGGAAACGCUGGCAGAGCUAGAGUCGGUGAAGUGGGUGGAGGUGUUCAAUUAUGAUGAAGUGAGGGGUGUUUAUGAGAGGGAGGAGCUGGUGGAGAGUAGGUUUUGGGAGGAUAGGCAGAUGAUCUGGGGUCUUGGGUUCUCGCAGGAUACAGAUUGUUCAACAACAGGUGGUAAAGCGAUAUCAUUCCCGCCCGGUAUCGACUACUAUACCACUCUUUGGGAUGGAAGCUGGAUAAUGGAUGAGGAGCGGUAUUUUGAAGAGGUGGUUCGUGCCCAACGCGGUACAGUAACCAUAUUAGAGAAUGAGGAAGAUGGAGAGUUGGCAAAGCGGUUGAAUCAGACCCGGCUGUAAGAUUUUUAAGUGUCGUUGUAGUAUGGCUCUUGGAGAAUGGCGAGUAGUUUGCAGCUGACUGAGACAUGUUUGAUAGAUGAUGUCAUUGAAGCAACAUGUUGUAAGAUAUGCCAGAUGUAUACCAUGUACCGCUUA